AUGUCGACAACAUCCUUCGCAUCCUAUAGUGAUAAAUUGCGUCAAGCGGCUCAAUAUCGAAAUGCGGCUAACAGAUAUUCACAAAAUUCAAAGAAAAAUGUGACUUUAUUAGUCGGUCAACGUGCGCCUGAUUUUACCCUUUACAACACCUAUCAUCAACAAGUAUCUCUUCACGAUUUAACCGCUCAUUCUAAUGUUGUUCUUCUCUUCUUUCCGUUGGCUUUCACCAGUGUCUGUACUGCUGAACUAUGUUCGGUUCGUGACAGUAUGAGAAAGUAUACACGACUCAAUUGUACUGUACUUGGUAUAUCGGUUGAUUCAAUAUUCGCUUUGAAUAUAUUCAAACAAGAACAACAAUUCUCAUUCGACCUAUUGUCUGAUUUUAACAAAGAGGUGGCACGUGCAUACGGUGCACUCUAUGAACAAUUUCCGUUAUACGGCAUGAAGGGUGUUACGAAACGAGCAGCAUUUGUUAUUGAUCGCCGUGGUACCAUUCAAUAUGCUGAAGUGUUUGCUGAUCCAGGACAAGUGCCCAAUUUUGUAGCAAUAGAAGCGACUUUAGCUAAACUAGAAAACAAUCAAGUUUCGGAUGAUUCUGAUGGUUCUGAUCUCUCAUCUUAUUUAACAAGCUUAUUAAACCGAUUUUUACCUUGA